ACGACGACGAGACGCGAAUAGACAGAACCAGUACCCACUACCCAGUACCAGCAGAGGCUGAACGAUCGGGUACCUGUUUCGCUGUUCCUCCGUCCGUUUUUAUCCGUAACGACUGAAUAAUAACGAGUUGUCUCGCCGUGUACGCGCCCCGCGCGAGUGCCUCGUUACUCAGCGCGACUAGUGCGUCCGCGUCCGUCCGCCCGUUCGUUCGUUCGCCGGGUCGGUGAUUUUUUUUCGUUUUUUUUUUUAUUUAAAAUUUUUUUAGACGACGCGAGUCAUAAUUUUUCAUCACUGACAUUUAUCGUUGCGUUCGAUCUAGACCGUAGUCGUCGUUACGACUUUUGACGUAUGCGUGCGCCAGUAGUGUUCCGUUUUCGUUUACCCGAUAACAGCGGGCCCAUCGGGUUUUCCGACGUCCGUCAUAACAUCACAGAACAAUGCGACUUACGUGCGGCGUGUGUUUCAGACGAUUAACAUAAUGUCGAGCGGAAGCAGUGGCGGAAAGUCGGCUUCUGUCGGCGGUGAGGGCGUGAAGCCGGGCGUGGGAUCGGCGUUCGUGCCGGUCAUGCCGUCCAGCGGAUCGUUCUACGGGCACCCGUCGAUCGCGUCGCUACAACAGCCGUCGCCGUCGUCGGCCGACUUUUUCGCCGCGUCCAUGAUGGCCGACAAGCACAAGGCCCUGCACCAGCACCACCACCUGUCGUCGCUCCAGCAGCAGCAGCAACAGCCGUCGCCGGGCAUGUACGUGCCCAAGCACAAAUCACAGCAACAGCAACAGCAACAGCAGCAGCAACAGCAACAGCAACAGUCGCCGUCGGCCAACGCGGCUGCCGCGGCCGCGGCCGCGGUUUCGCUGCUCCACCAGCAGCAGCAGAACGAACUGAUGGCCAUGGCACUGGACAAGAACAAAGUGUUGCAGGCGGUCAUGCACCAGCGGGGCUACGCUCACCCGUUCCUGCUGAACCCGGCCGGCCAGUACGGCGGCCAGCCGCACUCGUCGCUGUUCGGUGGUCCGGCCGCGGGUGCCGGCCCCGGGCCGUUCGGCUCAGUGGCCGCCCGACCGCGGGCCUCGGCUGUGGGCACCGGCGCGGGUGGCAUCGGCCGGGCAUCCCGUCCCAAAAAGCAGUUCAUUUGCCGAUUCUGCAACCGGCAGUUCACCAAGAGCUACAACCUGUUGAUACACGAACGGACACACACGGACGAGAGGCCGUACUCGUGCGACAUUUGCAAAAAAGCGUUCCGGAGACAGGACCAUUUGCGCGAUCACAAGUAUAUCCAUUCCAAGGAGAAACCGUUCAAGUGCACGGAAUGCGGCAAGGGCUUCUGUCAGUCGCGCACGCUGGCCGUGCACAAGAUAUUGCACCUGGAAGAGUCGCCGCACAAGUGUCCGGUGUGCAAACGCAGCUUCAACCAGCGCAGCAAUCUCAAGACUCAUCUGCUCACGCACACCGACCACAAGCCGUACGAGUGUUACUCGUGCAACAAAGUGUUCCGGCGGAACUGCGAUCUGCGCCGGCACACGCUCACGCACGCGGUCGGCGACGCACCCGCUUCCGGUGCAUUGGGCGGUAGCGGCGCUGCCGCCUCGUCGUCCGCAUCGCCCGCGGGCGCGGUCGUGCCUCGGUCGACAGCAGACGACGAAGACUUUCUGGACGACGACGAGGACGAGGACGAGGACGAAUUGUGCUCGAUGCUGCAGACGCCGUCCGAUCGAAGUCGUCAGCAGCAGCAGCAGCGUCGUCGUGGCGACGAAGACGACGACGACUGCGGCGGCGGCGAGGACGCGGACGACGACGAAGACGUGGACGUGGACGAAGAGGACGCGGACGCAGCCGCGGUCGGCGCCCCGUCAGAGCAGUCCGCGCCGGUCGCCGCCGCGGCCGCCGGCUCCACUUCGGCCUGCUCGUCGAGCGUCGCGGAAACUGCCGCGGUCACGAAACAGGAACCGACGACGUCGUCUUCGUCGACGGCCGUGGACGCGGAUUCGGCUACCACAGGUGCCGCCGACGACAACGAAGAGGAGGAAGACCCGGGACAGAUCUCGCUGUUCCGGCGACCGGCCAGAGCCGCCGUCGUGCACGAAACGAAGUGUCACGACGAGUCGUCCGCGUACACCAUGCGCCCGUCGUCCAGCUACUAUCACCACCACAACCGUUACCAACAGCAGCAGCAGCAGCAACCGCACAACCACCAUCAACCGCAACCGCUCCAUCUAUUCCUGCAGCCGCCGCUGCUCCACCAUCAGCAAGUCCAGCAGCACCACCACGCCAUGUUGAACGUCAGGAGAGACUUGCACGAUCGGUCCACGAGAAUGGUGAUGCCGGUGCCGCCGCCGCCGUCACAGGCGCUGCCUUCGCCGCAGCCGCCCGCGUACCAGCCGCUUCAGUUCCAACCGGCGUCCGGUUCGUCGGUGGCCGCCGUGCCGCCGCCGACGCCGCAACAGCAACAGCCGCCGCAGCCACCGCCGCCGCCGCCGCCAGCCAAUCAGAACAACCCGGCCCCGCCGAAGCGGAAAGGGUUCAGCAUCGACGAACUGAUGAGUUAACGCACGCCGCAUGCCGACACACCCGGGGUGUCGCGAUCGUCGGUUCACGAUCGAAUGUGACAGAAUUCAAUGUACAUAAUAUAGAUUACGAGAUUU